ACUAUCAAGCUGAACUCCGUCACCAGUUCACUGAGAUGGAAACGAAGUACAGAUCCGUCAACGAAACCAAGGCUCGAAUCUGUGAAUUGUUGACCAGCAGAAGAGAUAAAGCGUUUUCCCAGGACUGGAUCAGCAAUAAAGGCUCGUGUUAUUUUAUAUCCACGUUUCUCAUUUCCUACGAUGAAGCGAAGCAGUAUUGUUCGAACUCUGAUUCUAAUCUUCUUCAAAUAAAUUCAGCAGAAGAAUUGAACUUUGUUGCCAAAGCUGUCAGCGACCACGGCAGUUCAUAUUGGAUUGGAAAAUGCAAAGACGGGAAUGUGGCUUCGUAUGUCGUGUCCUGGAUGGCCGCUGGAGAUUUCAGUUGCGGUGUCUGUACUUGGCACAGUCGGCGAAAACCCUGUAGUCAGAUUCUUAAGCGUUUCAUCUGUGAGAGGUCUGCCCCCUUGUGCCCAGAUAUUUCUGAAAAGAUCCAGGAUCUCUGUCAACAGCAAGUGGGACCGACUUGAAUUUAAUGAUAAAACCCUCUUUCUCCCCCAUUUCAAUUAAACACACACUCUACCCCUUCCGCGCAGUUUCCCCUCACACUUACCCUAUUCUCCUCUUUCCUUCGAUCGCAAUCUUACUCACCAACUUGCCCUCUCUUUACCCUUGUCCCUCUAAAGUCUCUCACGUUCAUCCCUCUCCAAUCCCGCCUCCUCUGUUUCAUCCCCAUUUUCCUCACCCCGCUUUCUUGCCUCCCUCUUCCCCCAAUUCCUUCAUCUAUCCCUGAUUCUUCCUCGAUUCUCUACUCCGUCUCUACACACUCUCCCCAUCCCAUUGUCUCCAUUUAAUCUAUCCCAACUCGCUUCCCGCUUCUGCCUUUAGCAAAUCUCACCUCAAUCAUGUGUGUUCAUGUUCUCGAUACCCAGUCCUGGGGAAAUAAAGUGCACGCAUUCACCUGACCUGUAUCCCUUGAGUUUUUCUACACCUCUGUAAGGUCAAAGAAAAAAAAUCCCAGAAUUCCCAACCUCGCUCCAUAAGUCAGUCCCUCCUGUCCCGGCAGCAUCCUCGGAAAUCUCUCUCUGCAAUCUUUCCAGUUCGCUGAGAUUUUUCUUAGAGCAAGGCAAGCAGAACUGAACUCCGUACUCCGUGCGGCCUGACCGACGUCA